CUCAACCUUGCCACCCCCUACUCCAUCGUAACGUGUUGGGUCGGUUUUCCCGCUCGGAACGCGAGCAACCCGGCGACCUUAACCUCCCGUCAACGGUGUAAAGUGCCACAGAUUUGAAAGAUUUCCUCGCCGGGACGAUGCCGCUGUUUAAUAAGAAAAGCACCAAAAUAUCCAAUCCCUCGCCACCGAUGACCAAGGAUCCGCAUGCGUACCACGAUAACAACAACUACAAAAACCCUCCGCUCCCAACAGCCCCCCCGAUGCCGCACGAUAGCAUGGCCAACGGUGGCCACCCGGAGUCAACCGUCACGAAGCCGCAGCUGGUGUUCAACUGCCAGCUAGCUCACGGCAGUCCGACCGGCUUCAUUACAGGAUUCGCGAGCGUCAAGGAGCUUUACCAGAAGAUCGCCGAAUGUUACGACUUCUCGAUGGAUGAGAUUCUGUUCUGCACGCUAAACUCGCACAAAGUCGACAUGAGCAAUCUGCUGGGCGGUCAAAUCGGGCUGAACGAUUUCAUCUUCGCACACAAAAAGGGCCGCCCAAAGGAGGUGGAGAUCGUGAAAUCGGAAGACGCCCUAGGACUGACGAUCACGGAUAACGGUGCCGGUUACGCGUUCAUCAAGCGCAUCAAAAGUGGCAGCGUCAUCGAUCGGAUUCAGCACAUACAGAUUGGUGAUCACAUCGAGAAACUGGACGGUAUCAACGUGGUCGGGAAGCGACACUACGAGGUGGCCCGCAUGCUGAAGGACAUUCCCACCGGUUCGACGUUUACCAUCCGUUUGGUGGAACCGAUGAAGAGCGGCUUCCAGGGUAUUGCACCGCGCAAGGGAACGGCCGGCAGCAAACCCGGCAAGCAGGGCUACGGCAGUGGCAAGGAAACGUUGCGGUUUAAGGCUAACGGAAACGCGACCAUCGAGGACGAACACGACGAUGCUACGCAGAGUGGAAUCGAUGCCAUCAAUUCACUGUUGGAUUCCUUCAUGGGAAUCAACGAUAGUGAGCUAGCCACGCAAAUUUGGGAACUAGGUAAUAAUAAAAUAAACUCGAUGGACUUUGCGGAAGCGAUCGAUGCCUCCGAUCUGGAGGCAUUUGGUUUCACGGACGAUUUCAUCAUCGAGCUGUGGGGCGCCAUCACCGACGCACGCCACGGACGCUACAAAAGAUAAGCUAAAGCAGGGCUACAGCGCGACAGUGGCAAGCGCUCUUGUACUACCGGGAAGAAAGCUGGCUGGCAUAGAAAAUGGAGCAUUUACGAGGCAUGAAAGAGGUAGCAAAACGGAAAAAAGGCGCUCAUGAAAUGUGAUGUGUUUUAAACUAUUACUUCUAAAGCAAAAACCCACUAUUUAGUGUUAGCACCAUUGCUACUGCUACUGCAGCUAUUAUAUUAUCUAAUGCUAUUACAAGAUUGUUACAAGAGUUUGAUUGAAGUGAUGCAAAACUGUUGGCGAAUCCUUCGUGACGCUGCACUGAUAGAAGCGACUGAUAGAGCGACUGUGUGUAAGGUGAAGCGAAACGGUACGCUAUUUGCUUAUGAGAUGUUGAAAGUGCCGGUUUCAAUUGCAUUCCACUAUUACGGACUGGAAGACUAUAAUCGAAAGUAUGAGCUGCUGCUGUACCACAGCCACAAUCUGGUUAUCGUAUGUCCAGGGCAAGCAGAGUGAUUGCUUCCUGCACACGCUCAUGUUGUUGCCCCGUCGUGUAUUCUGUGGAUAGAAUGUCUUAACGAAGCUAGUGUUUUAAAAUUUGUAAAAUGUUGUAAAGAACAUAUUUUGUUAGAAUCUGCAACGAACACGCGCCUAGGGUGAUUUCGAUGGUAGCGACGGUGUUUUUUUGUCGAAACACAUGAUAAUACUAAAUCGGGGGAAGCAGGUUAACGAAGGCAAUCGACUCACGCGCGCCGUGAGUGGGAGGAAAAGUAUUUUAGCGAAGAAAAAUCGUAUAAAACCUUAAGCAUGCAAAUAAAUAUUUAUCGAUAAGGUGAGCUAGAA